AUGUUCUCUAAGAAUAAAAUAAUUUUCGCCCAUUGGCCCUUAAUAAAAAAAGCCAGCGGAUAUUCCACAAGUGUUUUAAAGACCGAUGUAGACGUGCUAUCUCCUCAAUUUUUGGAAAAUAAGGAAAAAAUGACGCAACUAAUAGAAACUCUGAGGGACAAAACCACCAAAAUUUUACAAGGAGGCGGCGAGAAAGCAGCAAAAAGGCACACAUCUAAAGGAAAAUUACUUGCUAGAGAUAGAGUGAAAUUGUUGUUAGAUAAAAACAGCGCUUUCCUGGAGUUAUCAGCAUUAGCAGCAAACGAUAUGUAUAACGAACAUAUCAACUCUGCAGGUAUAAUUACAGGAAUAGGAAAAAUUCAAGGGAGAGAAUGCGUGAUAGCCGCAAACGAUGCGACUGUUAAAGCCGGUACUUACUAUCCCAUGACUGUUAAGAAACACCUUAGGGCUCAAGAAAUAGCUGACCAGAACAACCUUCCUUGUAUUUAUUUAGUGGAUAGUGGAGGCGCCAAUUUGCCUAAUCAAGCCGAUAUUUUCGCCGAUAGGGAUCACUUUGGGAGGAUAUUUUUCAACCAGGCUAAUAUGUCUUCCAAAGGCAUAGCUCAGAUAGCAAUAGUGAUGGGCUCCUGCACAGCUGGUGGUGCUUAUGUCCCUGCAAUGGCAGAUGAGUCGAUAAUAGUAAGAAAACAAGGAACUGUGUUCUUAGCAGGACCACCUUUGGUCAAAGCAGCUACUGGGGAAGAGGUUACAGCAGAGGAAUUAGGAGGAGCAGAUCUCCAUUGCACCACAUCGGGCGUCACCGAUUACUACGCCCUAAACGACGAACACGCAAUUUCGAUCGCUAGAAAGUUAGUGCGAAAUUUAUCGAGAAAUUCUAGCGUAAGCUUCGAUGAACCAUUCGAAGAGCCUCUGUACGAUGCCGAGGACCUGCACGGAGUGAUAGACACGGAUUUGAAAAAACCAUUCGACGUCAGGGAAAUCAUAGCGAGGAUAUUCGACGGUUCCAAAUUCGAUGAAUUCAAAAAAAAGUACGGCGAUACGUUGGUAUGCGGAUUUGCAAGGCUGUACGGUAAGCAAGUCGGCAUUAUUGGAAAUAAUGGAGUUUUAUUUUCCGAGAGCGCUUUGAAAGGCGCGCAUUUCGUGCAACUCUGCACGCAGCGAAAAGUUCCCAUAAUAUUCCUACAGAAUAUAACAGGAUUCAUGGUGGGUCGUGAUGCUGAAAAAGGAGGUAUAGCGAAAAACGGCGCUAAAUUGGUUACAGCUGUAGCUUGUGCACAAGUACCGAAGUUUACUGUAAUCGUAGGAGGUUCUUACGGAGCUGGCAACUACGGAAUGUGUGGUAGAGCAUAUUCGCCGAGAUUUCUAUACAUGUGGCCUAAUGCUAGAAUAUCUGUAAUGGGAGGACCACAAGCGGCGGGGGUUCUGUCGCAAGUUGCUGGUCAGGGAAAGGAGUGGAGCAAUGAAAAGAAGAGAGAAUUUGAGAAACCGAUUAUUGAGAAAUUUGAAAAGGAAGCUUCUCCUUAUUAUAGUACUGCCAGACUCUGGGACGAUGGAAUUAUAGAUCCGAAAGAUACAAGAAGAGUACUUGGUUUAAGUUUAGCGGCUAGUUUAAACAAACAGAUUCCUAAGACGGACUUUGGAGUAUUUAGGAUGUAA